UAAUUCGUGCAGCACCAAUCGGUUAUAGCGUACGCCCGGACAACAGAGCAAAGGCUGGGUACCACAAUGACUGGAGAUGGCUUUCUUUUGACUCCGUGUGUUUAAAAGGAACUUUCUAUUUGCGGGAUUUUCUUUCCCUUUGAGCGCAAAUGCUCGCGCACGCAUCUAUAUCGCCAUUUUACCCCAGCCCGUGGCCCGGACGAGACAUGUUAUCGGGAGGAGACCCCGCCGCUUUUCAUCGGUAAGCGAAACGAAAUGAGCUCGAGUUCGCUUUGUGAGCCGUUAAAUAACACGAACGGCAUCCGUUGUAUGAUAUCCGGAUGAAACCCUGCGCAUUGCGGUGCGGUUUGUUUUCGUUUCGCCUCGUAUUUUGGAGCGUCGGGCAUCCCCUCCUCUCCCACGCAUCACCUAAUCGAUAAUCGAUUACAUGGACUUGGGGCAAAUGUCACGCUUUCUUCCAUGCCAUCAUCGCUGCAUGUGAUAAACUGCAGCUCUAUUUGAGACACCACUGGCUCUCCUGUGUCAUAAAUGAAAAACAAACCCUACCCUCUAAAAUUCACACCACCAUGGGAGAAGAAUGCUGGCUUUGGAAGGAAACACAAGUCUUGCACGAGAAGUCACACCAAAAUAAUAGCCAACCCUGGAAUUGUGAUGAAAGUGCUACGGCGGAAGAAGAUCAUCAUGUUCCUGGCGUAUUUUCUGCUGGUGGCUCUGACCAUGCUGAACCUGGCUAAUUACAAAUGGACCAAAGAGCCUCAGCAAUGCAACCAGCCGGUGCAAGGAGUGAACUUCCAAAGCAGAUCCGACAUCCGUUACCUUUACAAAGCCCCGCAGGUCAAGAAACGCCAGCUGGUGUACGUGCUGACCACUUGGAGGUCCGGCUCGUCUUUUUUCGGAGAGCUCUUCAACCAAAACCCCGAUGUGUUUUUCUUAUAUGAGCCUAUGUGGCAUAUUUGGCAGAAGCUGUACCCGGGGGACGCGGUGUCCCUCCAGGGAGCAGCCCGGGACAUGUUGAGCUCUCUUUACAGGUGCGAUUUCUCCGUUUUUCAGUUGUACAACAGUCCCGGGGGGAAGAACAUAACCUCUCUCGGACUGUUUGGGGCCGCCAUCAAUAAGGUCAUCUGCUCCUACCCCUUCUGCUCGUCCUAUAGAAAAGAUGUGGUGGGAAUGGUGGACGAAAAAGUGUGCAGAAAGUGCCCUCCGCAGAGCCUUCAGAUGCUGGAGGAAGAGUGCCUGAAGUACAACACGAUAGUGAUAAAGGGAGUUCGCAUUCUGGAUGUUAACGUUCUGGCUCCUCUAAUGGAGGACCCCUCUCUGAAUCUGAAAGUCAUCCACCUGGUUCGAGACCCCAGGGCGGUGGCGAACUCCAGGAUUAAAUCGAGACACGGACUCAUCCGGGAGAAUUUGCAAGUCGUGCGCAGCAGGGACCCCAAGCUUCGUCGUGUGCCAUUCGUGGACCCCAACCACAAAAUGAACAAAAAAGACGGCUCAGAUUACCACUCCAUCGGAGCCAUGGAGGUGAUCUGCGAACAGACGUCUAGGACUCUUAAAACGGCUCUUCACCCCCCCAACUGGUUCAAAGGCAAAUACAUGACGGUACGCUACGAGGACCUGGUGGAGAAUCCCGUUAAAACGGUACGGAAUGCAUAUCGCUUCGUUAACCUUUCAGCCAAUCACGAAAUCGAGGUCUUCGCCAUGAACAUGACGACGGGACCGAACGCCUCCACCAAGCCGUUCAUCGUAUCGUCCAGGAACGCGACGCAGGCGGUCAGCGCUUGGAGAACUGUGCUGAACUACCAGCAGAUCAGACAGGUGGAGGAGUACUGCCAGCAUGCCAUGUCCCUGCUGGGAUACCUGCGCGUUCGCACGGCCGGCGAGGCCAAGGAUUUGAGCAGACCGCUAUUGACAGUGCCCAAAAUAUGAACCACCGCCAAAGACGUUUCGAUGUUUUGCAUUUUGUG